AUGGGAAGCCAGCGGCCUAAGAAUACAUCAAAGGCUUAUGUUAACAAGCAUAAGGAAUGCUUAUACGAGAAGCUAAUGGAAUGGGUACUACAGAGCUUCUGCAAAAAGCAGGGCUUCCUAGAUGGCGAAUUAGUCACAGAGAAGAAGCUUGUCUACUUUCUCGAUACUGAGGUCCUAAACCGGUCCCUCCGGUCCUGUUAA